AUGUCGCCAAAUACGAAUCAAGCAAUGCAAUUGAAUACUAGGUAAGUCGUCAAGACUUACACUUUUCAGUGCCAGCUGUCGCUGCAGAUACUCUCCCCUCAGCAGCGCACCGGCUGCGAAUGAUGACCAAUGGUGCUGACUCUCGACCUCUCGCUUCACUUGACCCUCAGUCGCGGCCCCGCCGGCAGCGUUCGCGCCGCUGCCGGAGUGGACGGGGCUCAAGUCGAGCGCGAGCCUCAAGAGUCGCUUCGACAGGCUCGACACGUUUCUGCCAGUCAAGAUCAGCAGCACGCCUUGACUGGUGCUUCGACUGCCGGCUUUCAACAAUUCGCUCCACCGCGCAGUGUGGUGAGGUGGUGGCUUUGACAGCCUCCCUGCGGGUAAGUCUUGCAAUACCCUCGAGCGAGCAUUGUUGCUGGUACGUACACGACACUGAGACCUUUUUCUGUGCCUUCGACACAGAAAUGCCGGGCUCCAUGUGGUCCGGUCGACGCGAGCCUGUGAGAGGGGUAGCGUCGCUUUCGCAGGGAGGAGAAUCCCAAACAACAACGAGGAGCAGAGGCGGAUCGCUGCAAAACACGGCCUCGAUCAGGGACACCCACGGAAACACAGCCGCGAGAUCACGCGGCGCCAUCAGCAAUGGAUUGCCCGCUGCUGCUGCUGCAGUGCCGAUCGUGCGAUACCAGCAAGGUGGAGAACCGAGUUACCUUCCGAUAUCACCACCCUCCACUCCUCCUUCAUCACCUCCUACCGCCUAUCAAGACAUGCUAGGUCGCGCUCGCCAUUUGACUCUUUCUGACAGUGGUCGAGCAGAUGACGAGCACCAGAUCGAGCUUGAUGAGCGGCGACCCACGCAACGAACGGCAGACGCGUCCCAAUCGGCAGCGUGCAGCGCUGGGGAUGCCUUGCUGAAAGCUGCUGCGGCAUCGGUAGCCACAUCAAGAGCGAAUGUGGACGCUUCGCAAGAUGCAAGCAGAACCGGCUCGUCCUCCCAGGCAUUCGUCAGGCCUGAUGAGAUUGGGCUCGACUCCACGCAGUGGAGGGCUGACAAGCACGGCAAACGACCCCAGCAACAGCCACCCCCUACGCAGCCUCUAAUGCCCAACACGCCAGAAGCUACACCAACGACAAUGUCGCCUGCCGAAGGUUUGCUCCGUCAUCAGCCAACUGCAAGUGCGUUUGAGCUGCUGCAGUCAAUCUAUCCGCUGUUACCUUCCGCAUCUUCUUCUCUUGGUGUUGCUCAAGAUGCGGGUGUGGAGCUUGUAUGCAGCAAAUGGAGAGGAGCGGUGUUAGAUGAGGAUGGAGGAACAGGUACUACAUCAUCACGAUCGCUACACGUCCUCAUGCCAAACGACAUCAGAGCAGGCGGGCCUCUGCGAGAUGAGAUCUUAGCCCUGCUGGAUCUGGCAUCCGAAAGACUGGCGUGUGGAAGGGUGAUCAUAGCUAUGGAGAGGGCCGAAAUGGAGGACUUUCCCACCACUCUGCAUGGGCUAUGCUACGUCGGCGCUCAGGUUGUCUCGGAUGCUGGUCACACCCUCUUAGUACCUCGCGAUGGCGUCAUCUUGGCCGGCAUCGACCUGAUGUGA